CACUUUAGCUGACAGGAAGUCAUGCAGGUUUACUAAAAGCUGGUGCUGAAAAAGUUCACCUUGUUGUCAUCAUGGUGAAGAGGCAGGUUGGAAGACAGGCGUUUUUUAGAGGCAAAUCGCUGUUUGAACUAUGUUGCAAUCUUAAGAACUUCGGGGCAAAUAGAAUAGUAUAUCGCAAUCCAAAGCCCGAUCUUAUAGAAAAGAGCUUUUAUCGUCUCACCCGUGUGGAGCCUGAUAUGAAUAGCAUGACAAAAGGGACAUCUUGGGGGGAGAAAGUGCAUCGUGGGCAUUUGUAUGGUAUUCGCCAAAUUGAUGCAGGCAACAAAACAGACUGGUUCCUGGUCCCUAAGGAUGAAGAAAACCAGUAUCAAGUGCACCAUGCAGAACCUCCCAAAAAAUCACCAGUUCCUGACAUUUAUUUACCGCCUAUCUGGAAAAUGAUCUUGCAAAAAAAAUUGACAGACAGUGAUCAAACUUCGCAAAAUUUAUACCAAUGGCCUUUUAAAGUUAAAACUAAAUGAGAGUGGAAAUUUUAUUUAACUGGAGAUUGUGUUAAGGAAUUGAAAGGUGGAUUGUGUAUUGAAAAUUUCUUUUUGUUGACACAUGGCAUUCUUUAAAUGUAAGUUUCUAUAAAAUUGUACUAUUUUGUAAACAAAUCCAUUAUUGUGCUUUCUGACUAUCAAAAUGUUUUCAAAUUAAUUUGACAAUGACUUCAUUGCAAAAGACAAGGGAAAAUACAGUUGUUGCAUUUACUAAUUUCAGUUGUGUUUAUGAUCUAUUUUAUUAUAGCAAGUAGCGAGCACGGUGUCUUAAAUAAGAAAUUUUGAUUAGAAAGUAAGAAAUUCGUUGUAGUGCUCUUGGUGUCAUCAUUUAAAUUUUGUAGUGAUUGUAUGGCAUUUGUAUGUUUUGCGUGAUUAGACUUGAAGAAAAGGCUGUUUUGGGGUGAGAAAUGUGGCUUCAGAAAAACAUCUUCUGUGCUUAUUAAAGAUACUUUUUUAAA